CAAUCGGGUAGCUCCUUUGGCUGUGUUUUGAAUCGGCGGCUAUUUUAACCGUCGGGCGCCGAGGAAUCUGGGAGAAAGCGGCGUAGACAUAAACCCAGAUAAAUAAGUGAACUAACGCGCAUCCUGAAGUGGAAAAGCAGCAGAUGAAGAUGGAUUUGAACUCGAUGAAGUACGCGGAGCUGCGAAGCAUCGCGAAGGAGCUGGGGCUGAAGGCGAACACGAAGGCCGAUAAGCUCCUGAAAGCCAUUAAGCAGCACUAUGAAAAAGAAAAGAAAAAUGACGAGGGAGAUGAAAAUGCAGCUUCAGACAGCGGCCGGGAGGAUGCAGAUGAUGCUUCCCAACAAGAGGCUCCCAGUACGGCUGGGUUUGUGAACACGCGUCGGGGGAGAGGAAAAUGCAUCAAGAGAAAGAUCACUGAUGCUGCUGAGGCUGCUGACCCAGCCGAAUCUUGGAGCAGUUCAGGGGAGGAGAAGAAGAAGAAAAAGAAGGUGACCCUGGACAGAGACUCUGAGAUGAACGAACCGGAGCCCCAGCUGCACCCGGACUCCAAGGAUAAAGCUCCUGUGCUCGCUGAAACAGAGAUGAAUGUGUUCCCGUCGUCUGGUUCUCGUACAGAAAAGGCACCGAAGGUGGUAAAAGGCGGCAAGAUCCCUCGUCACCAAGGCCUCCAGCAGAGGAGCAAGGCUUUGUUGAAGCCCACAACUCCUAACUUUAAAAAGCUCCAUGAGGCCCAGUUCAACAAGAUGGAGUCCAUCGACAGCUACGUCCAGCGGAAGACGAAGCAGGUGGAGACGUACAAAAAUCCAGUCAAAGACCUGAAAAAGAAUUCAGCUCGUGCCACCAUGUUCAGCCCCGUCAACAAGACGCCGGCCGAGGAAAACCUUCGCCACACUUUGAAGGCCAGUAAAAUCCCUUCAAAAAAACCCGCACAAAAAGAAGACGGUCAGUUCAGACCCUCUGUCCUUUCUGCCCGCAGGGUCAAUGUCCGAUUCUCGGAGGCUACACUUGAUAAUGAGUUCAAGAGGUCGCUGGUGAAGACGCCUGCACGGAUGUCGCCAUGCGUCGCCUCCAGUACCCCGCAAAAACCGACUGCAGACGCAGCAAAGCCGGCCGCCGCCAAGUCUUCAGCUUUAUCUGCCCAGAAAACUCCAGGACCCUUCAUUUUCACCGGUAACACGAGUGCUUUAGGAACGCCUGGAACCCAAAAGAAACCUGCCUUCGAUCUGAAGGCGAGUCUGUCGCGUCCCCUCUCCUACCAGCCCCAUAAAGGUAAACUGAAACCUUUCGGAGAUGUCAAGGAAAACGCAGCAGGAAACAAGUCUGCGAUCGCCAAUCCUCGCCAAGAAAGUUACAAACAGCCCAAAAUCCAGUCAAGGAAGGACCGGCGAACCAAGCAAGUGGAAAGCCGGAAGCAGAAAAAAGAAAACAUGCUCGGGGCGAGGAGAGGACUUGUGAUGACGUAGACGGGGUUAUUCUUCAAAAAUCACGGCCGUUGCGAAAGCGUGACGCUUUUUACUGUAAAUAUUUUGACGUAGAAAAGCUCAGGUUUUCUCCAACCUGCUUUAUUUGUAGAGAUAUUUGCUUUAAAGCUUUAUUUCUGUCAAUGCUGCAAUUUUCUCUGCUCAUCAAGUAGAAACUCUUGUUCAUGUACAUUUUUAACAACUGUUUUAUAUGCUCUUAUUUUUUACAUUCUUCAGAGGGGAAAGCAUUUAAUGGAAUUGAUUUUAAAAAACUGUUUGACAUGUAAACCCUCUUCUUAAUUGUGACGUUUUAUUAUUGAAUUUUGUAAAUAAAAAAAAUUAAA